GCAAAUAACAAGUUGUAGAAUUAUAAUUAAGCAAUAAUGAAAACUGCUAAUUUCCUUGUAGCUCUUGCAGUCGUGGCUCUGGCAUUCUCUUCUGCCAUGGCUUAUGACCCUAGUCCUCUCCAGGACAUUUGUGUUGCAACCAAUGAUACCAAACAUAGUGUGUUCGUUAAUGGAAAAUUUUGCAAAGAUCCAGAGAAAGUGACAGCAGACGAUUUCUUUAUUACAGGGCUUAACGUUCGUAAACAAACCUCAAAGCAAUUAGGAGUACGUAUCACCCUCUCAACUGUAGAUCAAGUUCCGCCAGGACUCAACACUAAUGCCUUAUCCAUAGUCCGCAUUGAUUUUGCUCCAAAUGGCAGUCUAAACCCACCCCAUUUUCACCCUCGAGCAGCAGAAAUACUGACUGUCUUAGAAGGAACUCUUUAUGCGGGUUUUAUUACAGGAAAUCCUGAUCACCGCCUUUUCGCCAAAAUCUUAAAGCCAGGAGAUGCACUUGUGUUUCCACAUGGACUCAUUCACUUCCAGUUAAAUAUUGGCAUCACUUCAGUAAAUAUUGCAAGAUCCUGCAUCGCUCUAGCUGCUACCCCAUCAGUAAAUCCUGAUGUUUUGACAAGAGCAUUCCAUCUUGAUAAGGAUUUAGUGACUAAACUUCAAAAAGAAGAAUGGGUUGAUCCAGAUCAGCUUUAUUAAUUGAGUUUUUCUGCAAGCAGAAAGUUUAUUAAUAUCCUCAUAAUAAAUCACUACAUUGUAGUAAAUAAAAAGAGAAUGUUUUCUCUUUUUCUUUUU